AUGCAAUUCCUCAAUAAAAUCAUCUUCAUGUGUGUUACUGUCAUCUCUUUGGCUGCUGUUCAGGCAGCUCCAAUUCCCGACCUCCUUGGACUUUCGCUCGGGGUCGAGGCUGGGGUGCAAGUCGGGGUCGAAGGCGGAGCUUGUGCACUAGGCCUCCUCUGUGUAGCAGCUGAGGUGGGGAGUCUCAAUCGGCUUGUCAUGAAGAUUCCCAGCUUUUGUUUUCCGGGUAUCAAUUAUCUAUCAAUUUUUUAUCAAGCUAGAAUGUCAACUCAAACAAAAGGAGUUGGAUUUACAAUUCGAGCCGUAUAUGACCCACCUCCUUAG